AGAAAUGGAUGCCCUUGUUCCAACAUCAAGAAAAAAUACUCAAUUUACCCAGGGGUGAAACGACCAACUAGCUGCUUUGCUAUGAAUGCUCCUGCUUUCUUAGUGCUCCGCAAGGGUUAGAUCACAAUGCUGACAGCUGAGAAGCAGGUCAGUCAGGUUCUCAGGUGCUCCAUUACACAAGCGAAAUACUGCCCCACCUAAUUGGGUUUCUCUAGCAUAGUCCUGCUCUGUGGUACGUUGUCACACUUACCUCAUCUGGCUCUCUACCUCACACCAGACGAACUCCUGGCAGUACCUCAGCACCUGUGUGCCGAUACUCUAACACCAUACGGAUUUCCACAUAAAUAGAACUAUUUAUAAUGCUGACCUCUACCAGAACCCUUUUGACUUUAAUUUUUGUUGGUUUACUCUUAUCUAAUUGUGAUGGAAAUAAUGAUAUGGAAAGAGGUACAGAAGUUAAUCCACCUAUGCACACACAGCCUCCUUUGGUGAAGACAAAAGAAUCCUACAAACCCAGUGAGAGUAUAAACUUAAGAAAUUACACUGUGAAUACCGGUGGCUAUGAUAUGUCUUCUACAGCACCACCAAAUGGUAUAAAGCAUACAUCACACUUGCCUAGUGAUCUGGAAUCUGACAGCACAUUUUGGACCCCUUUCAACACUAGCUCUUCAAAUCCACUGAGCUCUACCACAGUCAGCAGCCUUUCCUCAGUACCGACCACGAAUACCACCACUCUUCCUGGAAAACUUACAACAAUCAAAGCACAUGAUAAUUUGAAUACCACUGUGCCUACAGGACAUUUUACUUCAUCACCAAGCCCUUUCACUGACAACUUCACAUCAACUCCCUCUGACAACAGUUCCAUCUUAAUGACCACUCACAUUCCUUCAGUUGUUACAGCAACUGACAGUACGCUGAGUGAGUCAACAACUGGCAUCAAUAACUCAACUACAUUUAAUGGGAGUCUAGAGACAACAACUCUACAGCCUGGUCUGAAUUUCACCAACAGUUCCAAAACCCAGUCAAAUACCUCAGAUUCUGGAAAAGACACUAGGAACUCAGGAGUAGUGUUCGGGGCAAUUUUAGGUGCCAUUCUGGGUGCUUCGUUGCUUAGUCUUAUUGGCUAUUUGAUAUGCGGGAGGAAGAAACCAGAUUCCUUUUCCCAUCGGCGACUUUAUGAUGAUCGGAAUGAGCCAGUCCUUCGGUUAGAUAAUACAUCAGAACCUUAUGACAUGAACUUUGGAGAAUCCAGUUACUACAAUCCUGCUGUAACAGAUGAUGCCGGAGUCCAUGACAGGCCGGGAAGUGCACGUGAUGGUAUCCCUAUGGGAGACAUUCCUCCAUUGCGCCCUUCAGUAUAAAUUCUCCCAGCAGCUUCAGAUUGCAAGCUAUUGCCCUAUGUGCCUUACUUGUUUCAAAUACAUCUCAAAGGAAAUGCAUCAUGUUCAUCACACAUCAUGCCAAGGAUUUUAAAAUUAUAAGGCAGAGGGUUAGCAAAAAGAGGGUAAAUUACAUAGAAGAAUCAACUAUAACAAUGCAUUGCUGUUCUGGGUUAUUGCUCUCUCUCUCAACCUCUAAUUAAACUCAGUUCGUUCCUCCUUAGAAGGCUUAAAUGAUUGAGAAAAUUGAGCCAGAGGAUUCCACAAUGGCAGGAUACCAUGCUAAUUCAUCAAAGCCGGAGCCUAUUUAAUAAUAAUAUGCAACCAAAAUAAGAUUCUCAUCUUAUUAUGAAGAGAUGGUGCAUCAGCUAAAAGCAAUGACAUGACUUCUGCUUUCCCUCUGUCUCUCUCUCCCUCACUCCCUCUCUCUCUCUACCCAAGCCCCUAGAGUACCAUACUAAACUGCCAGGCUGGCAUUUUCUUUAAUGAAAGCUGGAAGGGUUCAAUUUCAAUAUCUUAUUUACAACUUGCUUUCCAGACUAUUCUGUAGGACUUUCAAAGGAAGAUAAUUCAGUGUGAUGCUCCAGUUUCUAAGAAAGGAAGGCCAGCCAAAUGGGGAUAUUUGAAUUCCACCCCAUUUCUGGCCUGCAUCAACUGAACCACUCACUACCUGGCAAUCAGUGGAAAUAGUGUAAAAUAAAUAAUAUCCUCUGGGAAGAAUAUUUUCUCUGAAGAAAUUAAAAGUAGACUAGACACAAACCUGGAUCAAGGUGACUCUUUUUUUCCAGCAAGAUUUUUGAUAGACUGAAGAUAAGCCAAAGCAAUUGCUUAUCUGUACCUUUUAAGUUUCCUAGCAUAUCAAAAGACUAAACUCCAAUAGGACAUGCUUGUCAAACUAUAGAGGAUUUAACAGAUGCAUAACACCUGUUAUUCUUCAGUGGAUCUUUACUAUUAACCUGGAAAGACUGGAUAAAACGAUGAUUAAAAGGAAAUCAAACCAUGAAGUUGUUUGCCAAAUGAAAAAAAUCACAUUCCUUGGAAGCAGGAUGGAACCUAAUAAAUAGAUGGACUGGAGCAUCUUUCAUUUUUUCAGAAGCACCUGGGAUUCUGGGAGAAAUCCAUGCCAGAACUUUAACACACUACAGGGAUAGAAGAGGUAUGAAACCUCUAAAGCAGUGACAUCUGCUGAAGAGACAGCAAAUGUUUGGAGAGGACAAGGUUAAGGCUGUAGAUGGAGAAGAAUUCCAUAAAUGUUACUGAAGAUUAUAUCCUGUUUUUUAAAAAAUGACAUCCUUUAAUUUCAGUGGGAAAAUAUAUUUAGAGGACCAGUGGAACUUACCCCAUAUUGCCAUGAAAAUUGCAAAGAAGACAGUUCCUCCAUUGUCAAACAAAUGAGUAACCUUAAAAGGAAAAUGAACUGGAUUAGUGCUACGCUUAGAAGCAAUGAGAGCAUUCCAAAUGAUGUCUAGAAUGACGUCGAGACAUCCCAGAAGUGGAGACACCCUUGUUAUCUUGAUGAAUUCAAUGUUCGAAGCUGCAGUAUGAGACCCAAUUUUCCAACUAGUUGGGAAAUGACUCAGGGUUUCCAAGCCAGCUGUCGUGGAUAUGGCUGAGGCAGAAAAACCGGCUGGCAAUACUUGUGGAAGUCCAAGGAAACAAUGCAAAUUCCUGAGGCUGAAAGGCCACAGCAUAUAUAAUACUACUACUACUAAUAAUAAUGUCAGUGGUAUUUGUUAAGUGCUUAUCAUGUGCCAGGCACUGUAUUAGCGCUGAGGUAGAUACAAGCAAAUUGGAUUAAACACAGUCCCUGUCAUUCAUUCAAUUGUAUUUAUUGAGUGCUUACUAUGGGCAGAGCACUGUAUUAAGCACUUGGGAGAGUACAAUAAACAGAUACAUUCCCUGCCCACAACGGGCCAAGAGUCUAGAGGACAGGAGGUUCACAGUCUUAAUUCCCAUUUUACAAAUGAGGUAACUGAGGAUCAGAGAAGUGAGAGACUUGCCCAAGGCCACACAGCAGACAAGUAGCAGAGCCAGGAUUAGAAUCCACGUUCUUCUGACUCCCAGUCCCAUGCUCUAUCCACUAGGCCAAUAACACGUCUCCAACUCUUUUAAAAAGAACAAUUAGGUCUUUGAUUAUUGAAAGAGGUUAAGGGUUUAGAUUUUACAUCUUUGCUAGAUAAUUAAAUGAUAGUAAGACAAUCUGGGGAUUCCCAUAAACGUUUAUUUUUAUGUUCAAGCCUUUGUGGUUAUAUGGGGUCAUGUUAUCAAAUUGCAAAACAGUGGUAAUCUCUAUCUGUUUACCCCUUACCUUCCACCAAAAUAGAACUUCUACAAUCUCAAAAUAAUUGGACUUUGAGCUCUUCAAAAUGUUCCCUUAUAUAUUUUCAGGGUUGAAAUAAUAUUAAAAUCUACAUUUGAAUGAAGACAUCAAUUUCAUUUGCAUCCAUAUGUGUACUUAUUUUUGCAACAUUUUCUUCAUUUCAACAAUGCAAAAUGCUAUUUUCUCUAGUCACACUAGAGAAGCUAAAUCAGUUAUACUAAAACUGAAAGGAAAAAAUGUAAAUUUUAAAAUAGUUUUAAAUUGUGCCAUAUUUCAAAAACAAUCAAUAAAGACAGCUUGUUGAUCUA